AUGGCGUCCGGAUGUUCCUACAUGGGCAGUCGCCCCUUCCACCAUGAGUCGCACGAGCGCACCAAAGACAUCGAGGAGGAGUACGACCGUCUGCGCGAGUUGGCGCGCAACGAGCGCUCGAAGCGCCAGGACUGCUUCGACCGUGCCCACGAAGCCUACGAGUCCGGCGACGGCGCGAAGGCGCACGAGCUGUCCGAGGCGGGCAAGCGCCAUGCCGCUAAGAUGGAUGAGUACAACAGGCAGGCUUCCGAGUUCAUCUUCCGCGAGAACAACGCCGAGGAUCGCGUCGCCGGCGACGAGAUCGACCUGCACGGACAGUUCGUCGAGGAGGCCGAGGACAUUUUGGAGGAGCGCAUCCGUUACGCGCAGAAGCACGGCCAGACGCACCUGCACGUUAUUGUCGGCAAGGGUAACCACUCCACCGGCCACGUCCAGAAGCUCAAGCCCCGCUGUGAGCAAGUCUGCCGCGAUCUAGGUCUCCAGUUCCGUACCGAGGAAAAUGCCGGCCGCAUCUACGUCGACUUGACCGGUGGUGAAGCCCACCUGCCCUCGCAUCUGGGCGGCGGCGGCCAGCGUCCGGCCAGCAAGUUCCCCAUCGCUACCCACAACCGCCCGGCCUGGCAGCAACCCCAGCCCGUCAAGCACGAACAGCCCGUCCAGCACGAGCAGCCGCACCACCAGAACGGCCACGCCGAGAAGCCCCACCAUGCCACCGAAGGCCACUCGUACGCCGAUGCCGUUUCCGGCGAGCCGCACGCCGAGCACGGCGCCCAGCACGGCGCCCAACAGCAAGAGCCCCAGCAAGCAGGUAAUCACAAGCCGCAAUACAGCAGCCACUACCAGGAGCCGCAGCAAAACCAGAAUGACGAUGUUGAUGAAAUCUUCAGGAAAGGGAAAAAAGUUCUCCGGGUUUUCAAAAGCUGUUGCGUGGUUAUGUAA